AUUUAAAUAAAUGAUCUUCUUUGGUUAUGUAGUGGACACAAACCAUUUCAAAAGAUAGGCUAUACCAGUAAAACUACUUCUAGCCUACUACUAAUACACUGCAGGUCUACAUCUCCCUGCUUUCAGUGUUCAUUACCGAAGUGUGUGGGGAGUGGCUCACUGUUUGGUAAGACAGGAGAGAGUGGCAGUGCAGGGAAAAGCCUUUAUUUCAGGGCAGUGUUCUCGCCUGCUGAUCCCUCAUGGCGUAUGCAGCAUACUGGAUGAGUCUUUCGCAGCCUGGCCAGGCCACACCUAAACUGGCAGCCCAGGUCUCCACUGUGAAGCCUGCACAGUUUGAGAAGGCAUCGUCAGGAUCCACCAUGGCUACAAAGCCUGGGCUGGUUACCACAGCAACAGGCGGAGCUACACCAAGUGGUGUCACAACAGGAGGAAGUGCUUCAAUUGGGACAGCAGGAAUGGCCAAGCCAGAGACUAACACUACGCCGGCAGGUGCUACUGUUAUUGAUAUGUCAUCCGCUGGGGCUACCUUUGUUGACAUGACGUCAGCAGGGGCGAGGGGCGGUCCUAAAGGGAUGUCAAAGACUGCGGCUGUCUCCCAAGUCAAAGCCCCAGCUACAGGUCCGUCUCCUGCUGGUGGAGUGGCUGCAGCCGCUGGCAUCGCAGCGACCACUGCUGUGACCGAACCCAAAGGCACAGCCAAGAGUGCCACUGCCACCACAACAGUCAAAGCUGAUGUGCAUAAAGUUGAUCCUGCUAAAACAUCAGAGCCAGUUGCCGUGACUGCAGCUGGAAAUGUAUCUGUGCAGGGGAAGAAAGAAGCUAAACCGACUCAAACGAAGGUGCAGGUAGAGGUUCCUCCCGCAGCAGCUAAAGGAGCCAAAGAGGUGGAUCCAUUGGAUGCCCUGGCUAGCAUACUGCCAUCAGCUGAUUUCACACCCAAACAGCCUGUAUACAGCGGGCCAGAAGUCAAAGAGCAUGAAGUCACCUCUGUAAAGGGUCAGAAGUGUGGAGAAAAAGACAGCACGCUGCCUCCAGGCUACAGAUUUGAAAAUAUGCCUCCAGUUCCUGCAAAUGUUAAACCCAAGGACGUUCCUAAACCAAUGAGCACAGACGAUGCCCUGGAUUCUCUUUCAGAUGGAUUCAUGGCUUCAACCGUUCCAGCUGCACCCAAAAAGCAAGAGAAAAAGGACUAUGUUGAGAGUGUCAGUGCCUCAUCUGCUGGCCCUGCUAACUUUGCACCAGCUCCUGUAAAGAAAUCUGGAAUCCCUGCUGCCGUUCCCCCUGUGGCUGUGUGUCCUGCUCCUCCAGCUGAUAAAAAAGCCAAGAUAGAGAAGGCUACGGAUGAUUUCUCUCUGGAGGCUGGGCUUCCCUCUGCUACUGCCAAGAAAAAUGUACCUCCUGUGGCUGUUUGUCCUGCUCCUACUGCUGAUAAAAAAGCCAAGACGGAUGGCUCUCUGUCUCUGGAUCCUUUCAGCGCUCUCAGUGACACAUUGCCAGCAGACAAACCAAAACCUGAACUCCCAAAACUCAGACCUGAGGACAUCGUCUCGGAGGACAAACUCAAGAAGGAGAAGGGCGUGUUUGUAGGAGAGAGGGAGGACUCACUUCCUCCACAAUACAGGUUUAAUAAGGACAAACUCCAAAAUCUGCCUGCUCCUAAACCUGAGCCCACCAUAGAUGCUGGUGAAGCUCUGGACUUUUUGUCUGAAGGCUUCACGACCUCCUCAGCAGCGCCUGCUGUCCAGGCUCCUCCUGCAAAGAAAGCCCCCGCAGUUCCACCUGUGGCUGUGUGUCCUCCUGCUGACAAAAAAGCCAAGAUGGAGAAAGUCAAGGAUGAUUUCUCUCUGGAGGCUGGAAUUACUUCUUCUACUGGCAAGAAAGUUGAGUCCUGUGCAGUUCCCCCUGUGGCUGUGUGUCCUGCUCCUCCUGCUCCUGUCACAGUGAAGAAAACUGCUGCUGGAAAGGACGCCACUGAAAGCAAGCUCAAGACUGGUCAGGAUGGCUCUCUGUCUCUGGAUGCUCUCAGCGCUCUCAGUGACACGUUGCCCGUAGACAAACCAAAACCUGAACUCCCCAAACUCAGACCUGAGGACAUCGUCUCGGAGGACAAACACAAGAAGGAGAAGGGCGUGUUUGUAGGAGAGAGGGAGGACUCAAUUAAUCCAAAAUACAGGUUUAAUAAAGAUGAACUCAAAAAUCUGCCGACUUCUAAACCUGAGCCCACCAUGGAUACCAGUGAGGCUCUGGACCUUUUGUCUGAAGGCUUCAUGACCUCUUCAUCAGCUCCUGCUGUCCAUGCUGCUGGCAUCACCCCCUCAGCUCCUCCUGCACAGACCAAAGUAGAGGAUUUGUCAGCUCUGGAUCUCCUCUCUGGAGAUUUUGUUGCUCCAACUAAAGCUUCUGGAGUUAAGGCAGAAGGAGUCAAGACACCACAGGAUGGCUCUCUGUCUCUGGAUGCUCUCAGCGCUCUCAGUGACACGUUGCCCGUAGACCAACCAAAACCUGAGCUCCCAAAACUCAGACCUGAGGACAUUGUCUCGGAGGACAAACUCAAGAAGGAGAAGGGCGUGUUUGUAGGAGAGAGGGAGGACUCACUUCCUCCACAGUACAGGUUUAAUAAGGAUGGACUCAAAAAUCUGCCUGCUCCUACACCUGAGCCCACCAUGGCUACCGGUGAGGCUCUGGACCUUUUGUCUGAAGGCUUCAUGACCUCUUCAUCAGCUCCUGCUGUCCAUGCUGCUGGCAUCACCCCCUCAGCUCCUCCUGCACAGCCCUCUGCAGACUUUGCUCUGGAUGCCUUAGCGGGAGAAUUUGUUUCCUCCACUGCCGCUUCGACGGUGAAGUCCGCUGCUUGUGUUCCCACAGGAACUGCCCGAGAGCUGUCCGGAGGAGCAGGCAGUGCCUUGGAUGCUCUGUCAGACACCUUGAACGAUAUCGCACCCGCCCCUGAACCUGUCCCACUUCCCGCCAAAGACAUUGUCAAGGAGAAAAAGGUUGUCGAAGAGAAGCUGAUUAAGAUUGGGGAGAGAGACGACUCGCUGCCACCAGAGUAUCGACCCACUGAGAAAGAUCUUAAGAAAGCAACAGAAGCACAGGCAAAAGCAGCUGCCACACCCAAAGGGAAGACUAUGGAUGAUAAAACAGCCAUGGACCUGCUGUCCAGCGACUUCUCUAGUGCUCCCAGGACCACUGACCCAGUCACAUCACCUGCUGGUACCAUAAAGCUGAAUCCUCCUGUCCUGGACUCAGGGCCCCUGAAGCCAAUGGCUGGUACUGUCCUGGAGUCCCUGUCUGAUACCCUGCUCCCAGACGCCCCAGAGUUCAAACCUAAGACGGACAAACCAAAGGGCAAGAGCAAGUCAAAGUCUAAAAAACACCAUGCAGAGGAGCCAUCUGCCGCUGACCAGCUAUCAGAUCAGCUGAGCUCAGACGUUGUGCCAACAUCUACAAAGAAGGGAGGCAAGAGCUAGACCACUUGGUUGUCUGCAGAAUUUGCACCCCCACCCCCGCCCGGCCACAGGGACGCAUCAGUGAGGGAGCUGCUUUCUGAAUAAUGAUUCUAUUUUUCUAAAUCGUCGAGAAUGUAUACUGGAUUAAAGACAGACCUAGACGUACCCAUACGACACAAGCCCAUAAGACACACACACACACACACACACACACACACACACACACACACACACACACACACACACACACACACACACACACACACACACACACACACACACACACUCUGCAUGCGGUGCCUUUUUUGUUUCACAUGUGUUUAAGGAAGAGAAGAUUUAGGUUUCAGUCUUUGGAGGAAAAAAAAGAUUAUAAAACAAAAUGGAGAAUGAGAAAAGAACGGGCGUAAAGUAAGGAGGGAAACUUUGGGGAAUGAGAGAAGAUUAAGUCAAGUGAAAAAUCUUUCGUUUUGUUGGUUGAUGUGUUGAGCGUGCUGAGGGAAGGAAGGCGUUCCUCGUCAGAGUCCUGUAUCUACACAUCAGCUGAAAGUUUUCCAAUGAAACACUAAUAUCACAACAUAGUGCCUGGUAAGCCUGGUGGUGUUGUGGCAUUGGUUGGACCAGCGGUGACCGUCAGCUUACGUGGGAGCAGUACGGAGUGGGUGUAGGAUCGGGAUGUUUGUGCAAUUUUAAUGUACACAGAAAAUCCAUGUUUUCUAUCAUGAUGUGGUCUGAUGCCAUAAAGACACUAGUGGACAGCUUAGUUUGCUUAUAUUUUGGACAAUACAUAGUUUACAUAAUUAAAUAUGUGGAGGAUUUCCAGGAGGUGUUCUGCUUAAUUCUGUAUCCCUUGCAAAUGCAUUUUACUUUCUGUAACAAAAAAUAUGCUGGUGUCCAGAAGUGCACUUAGUGAACCGAGGUGGUUACAAGCUUUUACGAUGCCCUUGUUUGUAUACUGUACAAAAAAAAAAAAAAAAAAAAAAAAAAAGGAAGAAGAAAAAAAUGAUUUUUGUUCCAUAUACGACAACACUGUAUAAUUUACAAAGGGCUUUCAACUGUAAAGUUAAAAAUCAAUGUACUGGCCCCAAAGGUUUUUUUUCAUGUAAAGGUGUUAUGUGUGAGUGUGAGUCAAAAGAUAUGAGAGGUAUUUUAGAUGUGGGAAGACUAAUUAAAUAAAAUAAAAUCCAAAAAAAGUU